AUGACCACAUCCAGCAGGCAGAGCUCUUCUAUGUCUGUGGUCAACAACUUUGCCAAAAUAUUAAAUCCAAACGCUUUGCAAAACUAAGGGCCUAAUAAUGGAAUGGACCCUCCCCAAAUUCUUCAUGUUGCAAGCAGUGAUGUCAGCACAUCUGAAAGUUUUAACAUUAUGGAUAUGAAGUUUGCCUCCCUUGAACAGAAAAUAGGUAAGCUGUUGACUCUGCAACACAAUGUCCUUAAGAAGCUUAACAGCGUUUCCCAAGAAAUCUGUUGCAUUGAAAAAGACAUUGAAAUUGUAAAGCUGGAAACAUCUGAACCUGGAUCAAGGAUGGAAAGAAACAAAAAUCUGAGAAGUAAUGGAAUGAAGAGGCUUUGCCUUAAAAUGGAAAAAUCUCUUUCUGAUAUAAACAGAAAUGCAGAGUGGCAGGUUAAAAGACUAGACGGUCUGGAACAAAGUGUUUCUGGAUUACAGAAGCUUGUAGGGCCUCUGGUUGAGAAGGUUAAAACAUUAGUAAUUCGUAAUUCAAGUGUAAAACACCAUGUUACAAAAUGUAAACUUUGCAAGGCAGGUGAUUAUACAAAAGAAGCUGGACAUCUUUUUAGGAUGCACGUUUUCUUGGAGACAACAGCUGAUAGCCUGCUCAAGAAGAAAAUUGAAAGGUGAGCCCAGGUCAUCAAAGAAAAGUCAUGUUUGAAUGAGAGUGGAACAAAAGAGAAGAAGCCACCAGAUUCAACAGAGGAGACCAUCCAGAAGAACCAGUCCUGCUCUCAGGCAGAAAACGUUGAUAAGCUCAACAAGGAAAAUGCCGAGAGGGAAAGUUCUGUUCUGCUUCAAAUGGAUCCUCCCAAAUUUCAUAGUGAAGGGCCAGAGGUGAAAGGAGAAAGUUUGGUUUUCAAAAGCUAUUACAAAAACAGGAGAAGCUCAGUUCAGAAAUCCUUCGCUACAGAAAAGCAGCAAGAAGAAGAUGCUGUUAAUGAUGCUUAUCAAAGGAUAACUGCUCAGGAGAUAGACAGUGAGUCCCCAGGAGAUGGGGAGAGGAAGGAGGAACAUCAGGUGUCUGGAGAUAAAAGACAAGAGGAGAGGGAGAAUGAAGGGCAGGGAAAUGCUGAUAAGAGUGAAAAAGAAGUUGAGGAACCACGAGCUCCUUCCCAAAAUAAAGAUGAAGCAGGACAAAGCCAUGAUCAAGAGGCACCAGAAGGAAGGUGUAAAGGCUGCGAAAAAGAUGAUAGUCCUACUCCACCAGCACCAUUUGAUCACCGGAUUGUCUCAGCCAAAAGGGUGGGGAUCAGCAGUUAUUAUAACGUCAGCGAGAAUGAAAUCCUGGGAGGAGGGCGAUUUGGUCAAGUGCACAAAUGUGAAGAGAAAGCAACAGGUCUUAAGCUAGCAGCCAAAAUUAUAAAAGCGCAAGGUCCUAAACAGAAGGAUGAAGUGAAGAAUGAAAUCAAUGUCAUGAACCAGCUGAAUCAUGUGAAUCUCAUCCAGCUAUAUGAUGCCUUUGAAUCAAAAAAUGACAUGGUACUAGUCAUGGAAUAUGUGGAAGGAGGAGAGUUAUUUGACCGAAUUAUUGAUGAAAACUGCAAUUUGACAGAGAUGGAUACUAUCUUGUUCAUAAAACAGAUCUGCGAGGGAAUUCAGUACAUGCACCAAAUGUACAUUCUUCAUUUGGAUCUCAAGCCUGAGAAUAUCCUGUGUGUGAACCGAGCAGCAAAUCAAAUAAAAAUUAUUGAUUUUGGAUUGGCAAGAAGAUAUAAACCCAGGGAAAAACUUCGAGUUAACUUUGGGACUCCAGAAUUUCUUGCUCCUGAAAUUGUGAAUUAUGAGUUUGUCUCCUUUCCUACAGACAUGUGGAGCGUAGGAGUCAUCGCUUAUAUGCUCCUUAGUGGAUUGUCUCCUUUUUUGGGUGAUGAUGACAAUGAGACCCUCAACAAUAUCCUCUCCUGUAGCUGGGAGUUUGAAGAUGAGGAAUUUCAUGGUGUUUCUGAUGAAGCCAAAGAUUUCAUCUCAAAGCUUCUCAUCAAGGAAAAAUGCUGGAGAAUAAGUGCAACUGCUGCCUUAAAACACCCAUGGUUAUCAGACCACAAGCUCCACUGCAGACUCCAG